AAGGGUGAGGGCAUUUACUGAACUAAGCUAGAAAUGUCCAGAAGGAUAGAAAGGAAGAAGGGAUUUCACACUGCAUGUUCUAUCUGGGCCAUUCCCCUGAGUUCUGCUUCUUCCUGACCUGGCCUUUGGACUCUGCUUUGACCAGACCCACCUGAGUGGAGCUUCUCGCCGGAGUGCACCAGCUCAUCUCAUCAUUGACAACCCUAUGGCUGUACAUCUCUGGGUCCCCUCCUUUGGCUGGUGCAGUGAGAGCUCCCCCUUCUGAUUCUAUCUCCUGGAACCACUGUCCUGCGCCAACGCAUAACUACUCCUUCUGCAUUCAGCCGAGGGAGCGACUGUGACAUUCUGGAUGCUGAUGUCUGCCCUCUGGCUGGCUGGCAGUGAGAGCUACCAUACUGAUUUGAAGAAGCUACAUGGCAGAAUGGGAGAAGCUGUCCUUCGUCCCAAAAGAAGUCCACGUGUCUGCUGGCCCAAUCCAUGUAAGCACCAAGGAGAAUGUCAGAGAGUUGAGGAGAAAUCACCCUGCAUCUGCAAGCCGGGCUUCACUGGGCCAUUCUGUCAAGAUGUGGUCCUGAAGCUGACAUGUGAGGAAGAUCACAUGAAGAUGAUGGUGAGGAAGGAAGCAUUUAGCUUAUUAAGAAUCCCCUUGGCACUUGUCCACUUGAAGAACAGCACUUGCAAGGUGUCGGAAAAAGAGGAAGGGGGAGCGACCUUCUUUGCAGCCACUCUUACUGGCAAGAACCAUACUGUGUGUGGGUCAGUAAUUCGGCAAAACACAUCACAUGUAUCUUACUCCAAUGUGAUAGAGUCAGACAGGGAAGUCCAGGGUGUGAUCUCCAGAAGUGUCAUUCUGAGGUUGAACUUCACCUGUGUCUAUGCCUAUGAACAGGUUGUUGGGCUUCCCUUCUCCCUCACUGCUAUUGACAUGCAGGUGCAGUUCAUUGUCAAAGAAGGGAAGUUCAACGUCACCAUGAACCUGUACAAGACCUCCUCUUACAUGGAGCCCUAUCAGCAGCAGCCUGCUGUCCUCCCAGUAACGGAGACCCUCUAUGUCCUGCUGCAGCUGGUAGGGCAGAACUUGCUGCGGUACUUCCUCCUGAGCAUUAAGGACUGUUGGACCACCCCAACUGCAGACCCCAACCAGGAAGUGCGGCACCAGCUUAUCUUGAAGGGGUGUCCACAUGAUGAGACAGUGACGUACAUCAGUGCUAUUGGAAACAGCACCAUGGCAAAGUUCAGCUUCCUGCUGUUCAAGUUCACCAACUACUCUGAGGUGUUCCUGCACUGCCAAGUUCAGCUGUGUCAUCCUGAUGGCCCUGAGCCCUGCAUCAGGGAAUGUCCCAGGAAGUUCAAGAGGAAAAGGUCUCUUGAGGAUGACUACAGGAAGAUUGUCUCUUAUGGACCCAUCCAUCUUCUGGCCUCUUCACUCUCUGGAGCACAGGAUGUUGACUCUAGUAGAGAACGACAGGAUGUUUGGGGACAAAACCACGGGAGCUGGGGAUCUUCUGGCCAUGCAAAUUCCAUGUCGAAGUCUCAGUUUGAUCUCACGCUCUUUCAUUCUUUCAAAGAACUCUUAGAAAGUGAGAAAUGAAGGUCAUUACUGAAGUAACGAGAAAGCUGGAGGCUUCAACUGAAGUGCUCAACUGAAAGUUUUGUUUGUGGAAGCACUCUAGGCUGCGCUUUCAGAUAAUAUUACUUAAAGGAGUUAAAUGUGGCCAAAACAAUGUGGCUUCUACUAUAUUAAACCAGUGGUGUCAGAGGAGCCACAGAUGAGUAGCUGUGGGCAACUUAGCCACUCUUGUGCUUGAUGUCACAACCCAAGGGUGUGAUUUUUGUUUGUUAGUGUGCUGCCUGCCUUCCCCGACCCGGCGUGUCUGGGCUGCUGGCCACAGCCCGCCGCGCAAAAAAAAAGGGCCUCGGACCGCUCCUGGCCCGCACAUGGCGACGAGGAUGGGAUCAGGGGAAAGCACAUCGGAGCUAGAAUUAGUUAAGAACUGCCCUUGGUGCAGUGGAAAACGCCAAGUAGAAAACUUUAUGGAACUGGAGGCGCAUAUCGCUUACCACCAGGCGGGCGGAACGGGUGAGAGGUUUAUCAGCGGAUGUCUUUCGCUGAAGGGAGAAGAGGGAGCUUCCGAAGACGGAGCCCCGAAAGAGAGGGCAGUGUAUUUGCUCCCCGCAGCAUUCAGGUGUAUGACGAGCGAUGAACGGGUCCUGUUCAGGCCCCUCGACACUGUGUCCCUCGCCAAAGUCAACCCGGCGGGCAAAGUAAACCCGACCCUCAUCCGGGAGUGUGCCCGUUGCCUAAGAUGUGCUCGGGAGAGUGAAGAACCGGUGCCGAUCGACCGGUUCGCCCCCUUUAUGCUAGCAUCCAGAUUGAGGGGUCGCGAGCUUCCAUCCAAGCUCCGCGAAGAUCUGGAGACGGAGGAACGCGCCGCGGAUGAAAGGGUGGCCCCACAAUACGACAAGGGGGGAGUGUUAACUGCAACUUUUCGUACUGUAACUGAUCUAAUGCACAAGAAUUUAAGUUUGAAAGCCCAGCUGCGUAUGGCCAUUCAAGCAGUCAAAGAAGCGGCUGCGAAAGAGAAUCCUGAAAUGCCACGACAAGAUGGCGCCGAGCAAGAGGGAGACCGCAUGGAAGAACUGGAAGAGAAGGGUGAAGCUUUGGAGGAACCUGCGAGAGUUUGGUCAGCGACCCCGCCCACCGAAGCAGCGUCGUUUCCAGCGACCACGCCUUCUUGCCAACGGAAGGGAGAAUCGAGCGGAGGAGUGCAUCCGCCCCUCCUGCCUGAAGCAAUAACAGCAGCAGUGACUCCCACAGCAGUAGUCCAGCCUGUAACAACAACUAACCGAGUUGCCACUGCCUACUAUGCUCGCACCAGAACUGAACUACAGGAUUUGUGCAGAGAAUCAAGAAUCCAACCUGAAGAAACUCUAGCUGUGUGGUUGGGAUGUCUGGUCGUGGAACUUGGAUCUGAUCUGCUGAACCAGGAAGAAACAAGCUUCUUGGUCAGACAAGCUUCAUGGAGUAGAGGACAUGUCACUGACAUGGUAGCGGUUAACGUUCACUGGCCUAUUCCACUGCCAGCGCUUGUUGCAGGACUGAUCGGCCAGAAAGCCCACGCGUGGCAUGACGGACGGCCAGAACAUACCGGCGCAGAACAUCUCAUACUAGCAAUCAUCGGAGUCUCAUACUGUGCCUGGAACCCCAGAGCAUGGGCGCUGGGACUGACAUCACUCCAACGAAUAAGACCAUGGCCUCACCGUCAUCUACGAGACCCUGGAACCGUUCCAGUGACCGUUCACAGCAUAGAUAGUUGUCUUGAGGUUUAUGGGCGAAAGAACAUCGUCGUCCUCCGGAUUCUGCUUAACCCAAUGGUGAACCAGCCUGUGAGUAACCUCCUUCGUCAGUUAUCUCGACUGCGUAUCCUAAUGGAGCCAAGAUUAUCUGGUGAUCGGGAACAUCGACACCCGACCGAGACUCAAGGCACAAGACACUGCGAAUCCGAUCUUCCAUCAUUGCCACAGAGAACACCAGAAAAGUGAUACAUGUUUGGAUUUCUCCUACAGCGUUCUGGACUCAAUAAGCGACAACUUCGGAUUUUAGGGGACGCAGGCCAAUGGCAGCUGGCCUAUGAGUUAGGUUUCCGUUACCUAGAAGAAUUAGACGAUGGCUCCUCGAUGAUUUCAUCUAGUUGAGUGUGCAAGAGAGGAUAGAUUAAAGUAGCAAACACUUAUAUUAUAUGUUUUGAAAUUAAUAGUGUAGUUCCAUAAGAAUUUUUGUAAAUACUUUGAGAUACGUUAACUUAUUUUUUGAGAGUUUUUGUUUACAGAUCCGGAAUUCAAGGUGCGUGGUGAAGAGAAGCCCCAAGAAGGAUAACACCAUCGGAAGAAGUGAAGGCCUGACGCGCGACUUCGCCAUGACGCCCACUGAAGCCCUGAUUGUGCAAUUUUUUGUUGUGAAUCUGAUUAUGUGUAUAUGUAUUUGUGUUGGUUAUUAUUUGGUUCGAUCCCUUGAGGACGAACUUCUUAUGUUGGUGGAUUUUGUGUUUACCUGUUUAGUUCGACGACCCGUGAUAAGAGCUCUUGAUUACUCGAGUGACGAGCGUGCAGCAUAAUUCAGCUGUGCCUUCAGCAAGGGGGGAUGUCACAACCCAAGGGUGUGAUUUUUGUUCGUGUGUGCUUCGGCACUGCUGAAUUAUUUCCCACCACUUGUAGCUUUCUUUGCAGGGUGCAUUUCUUCGUUGCAACACAGAAAUGCACAUUGCAAGGAGUUCCCGCCAUUCGUAUUCAAAUUUGUGCCCCACUAUUGGCCAGUUCUAAAUUAUUCCUACGUGGCGGCUAGCGAUUGGCUUGCUAGCCGUAUAAGAGGCUUGAGUGGUUUCCGCCCAAGUUGGAGGACUCCACGAACAUCAGGAGGAGGAGACUUCACGUCUCAUGAAGAUCUCUAAGCACUGUGGAGCCUAUCGGACCCAGCGUGUAUUUCAAGAAGGCAACAGGGGUCUGAUCAGCCUCUCGCCUCUCCCCGUCGCCGCCUAAUCCCUCGAUGUACCCUUCCCUGCACACAAGUUCCACGGAGCCUAGCAAACUUCAUGUGAGUGAAUCCAGAGCUCUGUCCGAGUCCUUAAACUGGGACUUAAGCGAAGUUUUCCUGGAAGUUUUCCAGCCUGCACCGCGACCAUCUACGGUGUAAGUAAACAAUCUUAAAUCAA